CCACCAAAAUCCUUAACUGCUAUUAUUAUCAUUAUUAUUAUUAUUACUACUACUACUACUACUUAUACUACCAACAUUACUUUCGGACAGAUACCACUAUAACUGCUACCCACCCACAUCAUAUAACACUUCUACUAUUAUCACUACGCUUUGCCAGUCAACUAGUUUUAUUACUAUCUAUCUAUCUAUCUAUCUAUCUAUAUAUAUAUAUAUAUAUAUAUAUAUACGUAUACACACAUACACUGCAUCAAUAGCCUCUCGCACCAUCACAACUAUUAUGACCUUCAUAUUGUAGCGUCAAUAUUGUUAAUACUAAUAACACUACGUCAAUAACCACUACUACUACUACUACUGCUACUAUUACUUCUACGUCAACAACCCAUCACUUCUGUCAAUAUUAUUACUGAUAUUUCUAUGUCACUAAUAACCACUACCAACCACCAAUAAUUAGUAUUACUAUUACUAUUACUAUUACCAUCAUACGUCAAUAACUGACUACCCACAUCAUCAACAGCGUAAUAAACUAAUGCUGCUGUUACUACUUCUACUUCAUGAAUAACUACCACCACCACCACCACCACUAAUACUUUCAUUAAUUCUUCUACUGCUACUACAUCAAUAACUAUCAUCAUCACCGUUACUACUACUACUACGUCAAUAAUACCACAACUACCGUAGUUUAUUAUUCCACUACAUCGAUAACCACUACCACAAUCGUUAGCAAAUACUACUACUACUACUACGCCAAUAAACAUCACCAGUCACCAUCACUACGUCAAUAACCACAACCGCCAACACUACUACUGCUGCUAAUAUUACUACUACAUCAAUCGCCGCCUUCGCCACCAUUAGUAGAUCUACUAUAACCACUACUCUCAUUCCUUCCUUACAGUGCGAGUAAAGCUGGCACUCCCCAAAGAAGCGGCUAUAGAAAUAUCUUGCUGAAUGAACGAGUUUCCCUGCGUUAUACUACUAUAUACGAACACUAAACACACACACACACACAUAUAUAUAAAGACAGAUCGAGAGAUAGAUAGAUAAAUAACUGUGUAUGUAUUGUGAUUAUAUAUAUAUAUAUAUAUAUAUAUGUAUGUAUGUAUGUAUACAUACGUACACGUAUAUAUAUAAUUGGUACCGUUCCCCUCCUAUGUCCCUGCACCGGACACCAUCUCUCUCACCUAGUUCAACUUGACCAAUUCCAUUUCUCGAAACUUCUGCUAAUUCACUCCCAAAAUACGUAGAUUUACGUACAUACAUACAUAUAUAUAUAUAUAUAUGCAAACUUAUACAUACACACUUAUUGUCAUCAUCGUAACGUACAUAUGAUUACUAUAACGACAUCAGCAGCGGCCAGAUUAUAUUGUUAUACUUACUACAAACAUUUUCACACCAAUAAUUUUAUAUAUAAACCAACAUAGUUGUUUAUAUACGUAAUUUAUAUAUAUAUAUAUAUAUAUAUAUAUAUACACGCGCGCGUUGGACCCAGAAAUAAAUGCACAUCUACUCCGCACGUCUAUUGACAUACAAUUUACACGUAUACAUGAUUAUUAAAUAACAUCCCUCACAUGCAAAUACACGUCUACUACAUACAUAAAAUUGGCACAUAAGCAUAUUGUGGUAAAUAACCACUUACAGAUAUAUAUGACUGUAUACAUAAUACAUACACAUAUUUUAAAUAACCACAUACAGACACACGACACGUCUCUAUAAAUUUCCACACACGUAUAUUGUAAAUAACUACACAUCCAAACAACAUAUUUGUAAUAAAUCGCCCUACUACACACAAACAUCUGUGUAAGUAUUCAAACGCAAACGCACACACACACAUAUAUAUGUAUAUAAAUUUAUAUAUUACGAUAUACACACAUACAUCUAUAUUUUUAGAAAGUUUCUGCCGCCUUCAUAUCUGUUUUUGGUUCACUAAUUUGACAUUAGCGUGUAUAUGUAUAGAAAUAUAUUCAUUAUAUAUAAAUAUAUUGAGAAAAGAAAACACAUAUGUGUGUGUGUGUAUGCCUGAUUAUAUAACUAUAUGUAUGUUUUCUGGUCACGGUUGUUUUCUGUAGUCUAGUUGUGUAAGAGACUGAAGGUCGGUCUAUAUCUGUUGCAUAUCCACGAGGGGAGAUAUCUGUCUGGCAGGCAAGAACGAUACAAAGAGAAAGAAAGAGAGAGAGAGAGAAUACUCUUAGAAAGCAAAAGAGGGGAGAAAUUUAUACGAAUAAACAUAUAAUAAAGAUAGGGAGUGAAAAGAUACUGUGAAAUAUAGAAAGAUUGGACACGGGAGUAUAUUUACAUAAACAUACACAGAAAGAAACAAGUAUAUAUAUAUAUAUAUAUAUAUAUACAUACAAACCCACACGCAUAUAUAUGCAAAAAGAGUGUGAGAGCAAAAAAGAGGGAGUAUAAGAAAGAAAACAUAGAGAGGGGUACUUGGUGAUACUCUGGUUACAAGUGUCCCACGUUGCCUCAGUCUAGUGUCACCACAUACAAACCCUUGUCUCUAUGUAUUAACGCACAGACGGACAAGGUUAUACACAAAUACACACACACAUAUAUAUGUUAGCAUAGCUGUCUGUGUAGACUCAGGUCUUUGGAGGGCCGAGUCACAUGUAUAUGUGUGUGGUAGGGAGAUCCGUCUGAUCGCCUCCCUUCCCCCCGUCUCUUGCUCGACAUAACCACUCGUCCCUCGUACAUAGUUGGAAGUCCUUUACAGAUUGUCGUCUCCUCUUCACAUUCCUCCAUCCACCCCAGCUGAACCAACCAGACAAACCAAACGAGAUUAUCUCAAUAACAACAAACCAAUAAACAACCAACCGACAACCGUCAAGAACACAAAUUCCAUAGUCAUCAUUUUAUAACACACACACACACACACAUAUAUAUAUAUAUAUAUAUAUAUAUAUAUAUAUAUGUUUAAAUUUUAUUACAUGAGAAACUUGGGGAUGGUGGAAUUUUGGAAAGUCUCUCACUCCUUUGACAAACCUCGGCAAUCUUAAAGCUGAAGGAGUUUCCCCCUCAGAUUUCUUCGCUUUUUGACUUCUUCUUCACUCACUUCUCCUACAUCAGGGUCGUUGAAAUUGCUGUUUCAUAUAUCAGGGUGGAGGUACCCGUCAUAAAAGAACAGCAUACUAUCAUCACCAUCCGUUAAAACAAGAAAAACAAAAAAGAAGAAAGAAAACAACAAAAACUGACACCCAGUGCUUGUUUAUGGCUUCGGUGGAGAGGUUGUUUGUGUGUUAUUCUCCUCACCCUGCUCCUCCUUCUCCUCCUCCUCCUCCGCCACUAUCAUCAUUAUUAUCAUCAUCACCAUCAUCAUCAAUAUUAUCCAUAUGCGUUGUCUUCCUUUCCUUUCUUCUUUCUCACUGAUCUCGUGUGUAUGUGGGAGAGAGACAGAGAAAAACAGCAUUACUUCGCCAUAAUAUACACACACUGCAACAUUGAAAUCGGAUUUACACAUAAUUAUUAACAGAAAAUAAGAACAAUAUCAACAACAAAAUCUUUUUUUUUAGUUGAAUACAAGUGGCUCUUUUUUAUGUAUUUAUAAUAAUUAAAAAAGAAAAAAGCAACAACAAAUUAUUUUAAUAUUAACACAGGAUUACAAGGAGAUCGUUAUUAUCAUUAAUAUUACUAAUUAAUUUAAUUGGUUUAUCUUUUUAUUUUUUUUUAUGAUUCCUUGUCCUUUUUGGAUUGGAAGAAAAAAAAACAAAAGCAAAAACGGAACGGAAACUUGUUUUAAAUUGCGUAAUGUGAGGAGCGAACCCUUGUCUCUUGUUGACAGUAAAAAGUAAUUCACUGGAAAUAUAUAUUAACAUACAAUAACAAGAAACAUAAGACCACCACAGCAGAGUCCACCUUACACCCCUCUACUUUUUUUCGCCCCUUCCCCUCCAAUGAUGUAUCGACAGAAUAAGUAUUUGUCAAUGUUUGGAUUGCGCCUGUUUUUACUUCACCUACCCUACAGGGUGCGAAGUGGGUAUGUUGUGGUAUAGGUCUUGUGAAUGAGAAAGAAAAAAAAACACACUCGCCAACGUCAAUAACUGCUGGCGAAUUAUUAUUAUUAUUAUUAUUAUUAAUAAUAGUAGUUACUAUUAUUAUUUCUUCCUUUAACUUGAUAAAAUGGCAUCGAGUAAAAAGAACAGCAAUCAUCGUAUGGAGGAUACCAGUGAUGUAGUGAAGACUGGUUACUUGAAGAAGUUGAAGACGAUGAAGAAAAAAUUCUUCGUUCUACGGGGAAACAGCAACUCGGGCCCAGCACGGCUGGAAUAUUACGACUCUGAGAAGAAAUAUCGUUCAUAUUCAGUACCAAAACGUUCCAUUGAACUGAAUUCUUGCUUCAAUAUAAACAAAAAAAUCGACCCAAAACAUAAACAUGCCGUUUCAUUAUUCACCAAAGAUGACUGUUUCUCCAUCGUAGCUGAGAAUGCCGAAGAGCAGGAUGCAUGGUUAGAUUGUCUUCUAGAUUUACAGAACACCCCCUAUCAUUUUGAAUAUGUCUGGCAGGUAACUGUGAAACCUAAAGAUCUUGGUGCUACCAAAAACAUGACAGGUCAGUUCCGACUUUGUUUAACGAACCAUGAAAUCAGCUUGGUACGACUCAAUUCAGAGAUUCCUGAAGUCACAUUCCAACUUGGUUAUAUUCGACGGUGUGGCCAUCGAGACUGCUUAUUUUUCAUGGAAGUGGGACGUCUAGCUCCAACAGGACAUGGUGAAUUGUGGAUGCAGGUGGAGGACCAAGCCACAGCUCGCAAUAUGCAUGACUGUAUUUUAGGGGAGAUGAAGAUGCCCAUCAGCAGCUCAGACAGUGGAAAUUUCCGGAACCGCAGCAGCAGUAGUUCUGGUAAAACAGUUGUCAUGCCAACUUGGAGUAAUAACGAACAUUCCUCAGAAAGUAUCUCAAUGUUUGGUUCUGAUCAGUUCCAGUUUAACAGGUCCCGUACGGUUAGUGAAGGGCAACAGCUUAGUCCUCGAAAAAAUCGAAUAAUUCCUCUCGGCAAUGAGAAGAUGCGUCCUCAGAGCAUGUACUAUAAAUCUUCCACCAUUUCAGGAGGCACAUCUGCUCUCAGUUCCAGUCCCGUCAGUCAUUAUGACUAUUACCCACAUGUAGGACACAGGUUACGUUCUGACAGCACCGAAUCCCAUGGAUCUCGUAGCAGUUAUUCCGCUGAAAGUUGUGCCUCAAGUCCAGCUGUGGAAAUUCCUAUUGGGUCUUACCGUUGUCGCAGUAGUGUCCCAACACCAGACAGUUUACGAGGCAGUUAUAUAGAAGACUACGUCCCAAUGCAUCCUGGCGACCAGUCCUCUACUCCUUCAACACCUGAACAAUAUGGUUCAGCUGGUUCUAACUGGGGAGAAACAGGGCAGUUUGAAAAUUAUAUUAACUUCCAACCGAGUGCAUCUACCACAGCCUCUGAGAUGACAGAUAGUUAUGAUGCAUGUAUGGACCUAUCACCCGGCUCACAGAAAAGUGAACGAGACUAUGGCGGUGAUGUAAGUUCUUAUGUGAUGAUGGAGCCAGGUAAAGCGGUUUCUGUGCCACAGCAGACACCUCAACAGCAGCAGCAACAACAGCAACUCUCCCCUCAGGCUAGUAGUCCAGUCAAUGACGCUCCCUAUGUUGAUAUGGGGCCUACAGGCACAAGUUUACCCACUGUUAAAGAAAGUGGAAGCCCAGAAGAACAUUAUCUCCAAAUGACUCCACCUGGCCACAGUCCCAAAGGUAGCAGCAGCUUACGUCCUAAUCGUGGUCACAGUUAUCUGAUAUCUGAUGAGACUAUAUCUGUUGAGAAGGAUAUACCAAAACGUUCUUAUUCAGUUGGAUGCAAACCUCAACCAAAGACGGUGUUGAAGCCACAAGGUUGUGAUGCAAAACUAGCUAUGUUAGGAAUGAUGGAUAACAGUCGAUGUUCCAGUGCCCCACAUCUGAUCUCACAGAAACAAAAGUCCUCCAACACAUCAUCCAAUCACUCGCUUCCUUCCAACAGUCCACCUUGUGGCUCAUACAAGUCGGAAGAUUCUGAUUUUUCCGAGUUGGAAUUUGGUCGUCCUCGCACAGCUAGUGAUAGCUAUGGAUGCAGGCCAAGAGCGUCCAGCUUGGGAAAAUCUUUGACUCAGGGUCAUCGUCCAAGAUCGUCUAGUCACAGCUCAAGGUGCUUUAAACGGAGCUCUUUUGAAUCGGUAAGAACUACUUCAGAAGAACUUCUUCGCAAAAUGUCCCAGGAAUCUUUACAAAAGGAUCCUUAUUCAUUAGCUUUCUUACCUGGCCCUGAUGGCACACAUUGGAAAUACCACAGUAAAAAGAACAACGAUGCCAUAGAGAUGGGGAAGAAUAAAGGGAGCAUGUCUAAAUCUUUUCACGCACAUCUUCCAGUAAGUUCCAUGUCAAAUACAGGUGGAGAAAUGUCAACUUACCUGGAGAUGACUGGUUUCUCAUCCAGUCCAAAACAUUCACCUGUGUGUGAUGUAAUUAAUAUGAAAACUAACUCACCUGUGAUGUCAAUGAGCCUGGGAGAAUAUUCCAGCUGUCAAUGUUACCCAUUUGAUAAGUAUUAUGGACAAAGGAAAACUGAUCACUCCCUUAAACCAGGGCCUGUUCCUGACAAGGUAGUUUCUCAUAUAAAAUCUAAUUCUGAUGAUGAAUCAGACUCAGGUAGUAAUAGUUGGCACAAAGAUGUCGAUCGGUAUGUACCAUGUACGCACUCAGGGUUUUCAGAAAGGCUAAGUCUACGUUCUAAAACUGAACGUGUCCCAUCUGAUUUGGGUGUUAGACGCACAAAGAGUGUCUCUCAUGAUAACAGGUCUCAGGCAUUGGCAACCCUUCGUAAGCAGGAAAGUGCUGGGGAUCCUUAUUUUAACAUGGAUUUUCCCAAACCGAUCAGGCCCCCAUAUGAUGAAAGUAACAUUUCUUGCCCUAGUUAUGGGCUUCGAAACCAUAAAGAAAAGCCUUCUGAUGUAGAAGAUGCCUAUAUUGAACUCUCUUACAACGCAAGCAAUGCCAUGAAAAAAUAUGACAAUGAUACACUUUCUAAAAAAGUAAAUGAUAGCUGCACUUCUCGGAAAGAGAAAUUUGACAGUGACAUUAUAUUGGGAAAGUCUGAUGCCAAAAGGCCUCAGAGUAUGUUCAGUUCUAAUUUUGAUCCAUUUUUCUCAAAUUCUUUUCCUUUCAACUGUGAAAAAGCAAAAGCUGCUGAAAUUGAGCCUUACGUUGUGUUUGACCCCAGACAGCAAUACAGACACGAGCCUUCAUCUGCUCCAUGUACUGUUCCUUCGGGCAUUGAAUAUAUACAAAGUCUUUCCACUUCUUGCAACGAUAACCUUCAAAGUACAAAAAGAUGUAAUCGUGAUACUAUGAAAGUGAUUCACAAACGACAUUCAUCAAUGCCUGUGAAAACUGACCUUUACUCCCCACCUGCUGCAUCUAGUUUUGCCCAAUAUACAGCACCUUCCAUAGACUCUUGUAAGACAACUUCCACUUCAUUGCAUGCAAAAUCUGCCUCAACAUCAACCUCUCCUAUCAGUUGUCCAACUGAAACUGAAAAUGCAGAGUAUUUUAAUUUGUCAUUCGGUCAAGCACCAGGUAGAAAUGAGAAACCUUUGAACCCAAUGUCAUGGUCAAACUGCCAUGAAGAGCAGACAUAUAAGAAACCCUUGAGGCAGAGUAGUUGGCUGGUAGAUACAGAUGAGAUUUCUUCCAGUGAAAAGGAAUCGACAAGAUUGGGGAAUCCCAAUCCAGUUCUUUCUCAAGAAAAACUCUCUGAGGUUCCCAAAAAUGUUAGUGAAACUGGUUCAGAUGAAAGCCGACAGGAAGAUAGAAAUGUUAAUCAGUGCUCCGAAAUGAUGUCUAACAUGAAAAUAUUAGACCAGUCUAACCACACGGCAGAGAAUUCAGAAAGUUUUGUUAAUGUUGAGCGAAGGCCUUCAAAGAAAAGUGAUGGGGAAUGUUUCAGAUCCUCCAAAAGUGACAGCCACUCCUCUGAACAGUCUUUCAUGACAAAAAACAACAGUUGUUCAAGUAUUGCUUCUGACUCGGCACAACCGAAAAAGUCUGAGAGUUUGGGACUGCAGGGCCGUCACAGCUAUACAGAAGUUUGUUUGAUUCCACCCAUAACAGGCAACCCUCUGUCUUCUUUAAAACAUAGCUCAAGCUGUGAGACGGAACUGAACUAUGCUUCUCUUGAAUUGAGCUCAACAGAAACACUAACAGAAUGUUCAGACCUUCACCAGAAGUCUCCAAAUUCCAUUAAAAGUCGCCAUUCUUCUGGUGCUGAAGAAAAAAGUGUUUCACCUCUGACCUAUGUGGAGAUAGAUUUCCCCAAAACUGAAUCGCUUCAAAGACAAAAUUCUAAUCAAGAGGUGAAGUUUACUCUUUGACAUUGUCUAACAUCUGAUAGUUCGCUCACGUAGCAGCAAUACACAGAACACAGCUGGUGUUUGAUCAUGAUUUCACAGUGGGAUGUUGGUAACGUGAUUGAUUAUUGCAUUUACCAAUCUGCCUUGAUUGCUAUAUGCUUCCUAUGGUAAGCGCUCAAGACUCUGGACAUCUGACUGACCAGUUCUUUAAGGUUUAUAAAUAACUUGUAGCUAUUCUUUUGAGAAAUUGUUACAGUGUUUCUCAUGGACAGCUUUAUUAUGUUGUUUUUAUUUGACUUUUAAUUUUUUUUUUAGAAAAACAAAUCCUUAACACAAACAGGUCCCACUUUUAUUGUCAUCCCCCUCCUUCCUCUUUCCAAUUCUAUUUUUAUCAAUUUGAAUUUUUUUUGCUUAAAUUUCAGUUUACUUUUUUUUUUUUUUUUUUUUUUGUUUCCUCCAUAUUCCAAGUGUCUGUCUCUCUGUGCCCCUGUGCAAGUUUUUCUCUCCCAUCUCUGGAACUAAAACGGAAUAAUUUGUUUUAGGUUUUUUUUUUUCUUUCUUUUACAAAUAUUCCAUAUAAAAUAAAUUUUUGAUAUUACCAAUUUCAAGGUAAGAAGACAAGGGAACAGAAACUUUUGCCUACCCAAUCUGUUAGAUUAGGGUUCUGACGCCCACACAAAACAGCAAUGAUCCUCCUCACACAUGUGCCCUCUUUUAAUUAAUCAUUUUCCUCUACAUAUCUGCAAUAGGUAUUAACGCCAAUACCUUCCUCCCAUCACUGACUUUCGCUUGUACAAUAAUUGUCGGUGAAUUAAGCCUUUUGUAAAAUACACUGUCCAUGUGUUUUAGUUAAUUUUAAAAAUAAUAGUUUGGAACAUUUAGUAAAAUAAACCAACUUUUCUCUGUGGACUUCAGCUUAUAUAAUUCUUCCAUAUAAUUAUGAUAGGUUUAAAUUUAAGCAGUCUUUAAAACAAGCAGUUUUUGUAUCAUAAAACUAAGGGAAAUCUCGGGCAGGUUGGUAUCAAAAGGGUUGAAAGUUGUAUAAAUGACUUUAAACCAGGCAGUUUUCUUUUAUCAUGAUGUCUUGGUAAGAUAGCUUGUUUGCAUUGGGUUGUUGUGAUGUGAGAUUAAUAUAGAUUGGGCUGGGUUGCAGGUGUUGUUAUCAGGAAAUGAGUUGUGAGCCUUUUUGUAAUAAAUUUAUUUAAUGAUAGGCUAUGCACACACACGCAUACAUAUUCUUUUAUUCAUUUCAGCCAUGCAGCUGCAGUCAUGUGUCUGUGUGUGUGUGUAUAUAUAUAAAUUCACAUACACAUAUAUAGCGUACAUAGAUUUUUAGAGAGUCACUGGUAGUGACUUAGGAUAAGGAUUGACUUUUCAUGGUAUCUAAAUUCUACAGUCAUUAGUGGUUUACUCAAGAGACUGGAAUGAAUUGGUCUUCAAUGAAUAUUGAGAUGUGAGUUUAUCUAGAACUCUCCUAUGUACUGCCCUUGAUGUGUGUGGCAAGAGGUGAGGAAAUGGAGUUUAUGGUACUUACAUAAAGAUGUGCUCUAAAGACAAAGGAUUCUUCAUAACAUGGUCGCACAGGCACCAAGAAUCAUGUGCUGCUCUCUAGAGAGUUGCUCAACCUCUGUGCUUGUUCCAGCUUGCUUGGCAAAAGUUGAGGUCUGUGUUCUUCAGUUGCCCUUGACACUCUGCACUUGAUCUUUGAGGGCUUUGCUUAUCAUUCGAGAAAAGUGCACAAAUCUCAUGGACAUUCACUUUUGUGGUGUAAUCUCCUGCAAAAGCAACCAACUCUUUUAACUUUUGACCAAGAAGUUUCCAAUGAUUUUUGUCUUGAAUGAAACCCUGUGUAAAAGGGCCUUUGCCUCUUGUCUAAGUAUUACUUUCAUUGAACUUUCACCUUCUCCAGAUCUCAUUUACAUCUAAUUCUAGAUCUCCUGAUUAGGGUUUACCUGCAUCUAAAAUGUCUGUAUCAGCAGUCAUUUCAGGUCCUUCAGUUCUGUGAAUUCUCUUUCUACUUCAUUAUUGGAAAAACAUGUGGUUACACCUUUCGCAGAAUCAGUUAUUAUUAGUAGAUGAAUUGUUAUAACCACUAUUUCAUAAUCUACUCCAUCUAAUUAGAUUGCAUUUGAGGCUCUUCUCUCCCCUUGUAAGGCCAUCUGCAUUGUAAAAUAAUUAUUUUCUGUGAUGGAAAAUGGUGAACUUGGCUCUAUUUCCAUUGAUUGAUAAUAUGGUAAGUAAUGGUCAAACAUCAAUUUCCUCAUCAGAACUAAAGAUGGUUCUUACUCCUAGUACGAUGUUCUUAUGAAAAAAAAAAGACAUCUCUUCAUUGUCUUGGGACUGUAACCUUUGACCUUUGAAGCAAAUCUCAGUACUCCUAAUGUAGCACAGUCUUUGUAUCAUAUUGACAAGUAACCAGGUCUGAUUCCAGCAAGCAGAUCAUCUUGAAUUGUUUUUACAAACAUGUCUAUUCCUGUGAUGAGUCUUUUGAAGUUAGGAUUCAUUGAAUAUUAUUUACCUACCGCUGCCACAGCAAAAAAAGCUUGGAAGACCUAUGUUUCCAAGAGAAAAUCCAGUCAAAUGGACAGCUUCCUCUAUAGCCUCCUGAAUUUCCAUGGAGAUUUUAACAGCAUAGGCUUUCUCCAGUCUGUACAGAGGAAUAAUCCAUGAUCCAUCAGUGAAGUGCUAUACUUUUCUAGUUGGGGUCACCAGUAUGUUGUGGUAAGAUAGCUUGUUUGCAUUGGGCCACCUUUGUCUCGUGGAUAGUUGCCUGGUUGUGGUGAGUGAGAGAUUAUUAUGGUUUGGGCUGGGCUGCAUGUGUUGUAAACAGGAACAAAACUUGCAAACAUUUUGUAAUAUAUUUAUUUAAAGAAAGGCUCUAUGUAUGUGUGUGUGUGUGUGUUUGUAUGCACAAAUUAGACAUAUAUAUAUAUAUACAUAGACAUACAUACAUACACAUACAAACGUUAAUAUGGAUACAUUUUCCCCCUCUUUCCAUAUGUUUAUUGUUCCCUAGGUGAGGGAACUCAGAAAAAAAAUGGAAGAAUCUUUGACAUUUCAAGCCUACACUGUUCUACAGAAAGGAAUGAGGAGAGAAAACAAAUGGAAAGAUAGGGAAAAUAUCUGUAUUAACAUUUACACAAAUUAAAUUGCAAUGUGUGUGUGUGUGUGUGUGUGUGUACACAUGGAUUUUCAGAUACUCACUUGUAGAGAUACUUUGGAUAUAAGAAUCAACUUUUCAUAGUGUCUAAAUUCUAUGGUCAUUACUCAAGGGACAGGAAAAAAUUGGUCUUGAAUCAAAAUUCAGGAUGUGAGUUUAUCAAAAGGUCCUCAAGGCUCUGCCCUUGAUCUCUAUGGGGAGACUUGAGGAAAAUGAAUCUAUGGUAGUCAAAUGAUUCUUCCUAACAUUGUCACACAAGUACCAAGAAUCAUGUGUUGCUCUCUGGUGGGUCUCAACUUCUGUGAUUGUUCUGGCUUGUUUGGCAAAAGUUGAGGUUUGCAUUUUUAAAUUGCCCUCAACACUGCGUUUGAUCUUCAAAGGGCUUUGCUUAUCACUAGAGAAAAGCUCACAAAUUUCAAGGACAUACACUUUUGUUCUAACUUUGUGACAUAAUCUCCUGCAAGACAAUUAGUUGAUAAAUAAAACAUGCACAUGACAAAUGUAUGCGGAUGGCCUGAUAAUUUAGAGAAUUAGGUUCAUAUCCUAAGUCUCACUACACUUUCAUUAAACUAUGGGUAGUUUCAGGCAAGUUGGUAUAAAAAAAGGAAAAGUUAGAAGUUGUAAUAUUAACUUGGUUGUUAAUUAUUUAGUGUACUCAUUAAUUACUGCUUUGUGAUCAUUUUUGAAGAGACCAUUAGUAACUGUGAUCCAAUGAAGGAGCCUCUAUAUAGUUUCCUAGACCUGCUAAAUAUAUCAGCCAAAUCUCCAUCAGGACGCACAAAAAGACAGUAUCAUCAUAGCUGCUAUGCCUUUCAUCAUAUUUCUACUCAUUAGGGACUGACCUAGGGCUAAACAACGAUCCUAUCCUAUAUUGGGAUCAUUGUUAGUGAUAAUUAUGUGAUUUUUUUUUUAACCAUACAUAAGCUGGUCAUUUAAAUAUUUUUUUAACUUCACUAAAACAAUUACUUGAUUAGCAAUUUAUGAAUUUGGGGGUUUGAUAAAAAUGCUCUUAUAUUAGUAAGUCACAAUAUCGUUUGAUUUCUUCUGCAGAAAGUUGGCAACAAAUUUACUGAAAUGUCUUGGAUUAUGGGAGUGUUGCACCAGAUAAAAACUGGUUUUUAAUUGACAUGGACCAAUCAAGUUCAUUUUACAAAACAUUUUAGGGUGAGGAAUUUAGCUUGUAUAUAUAAUUAACUUUUGAAGGAUUUUUUUUUUUUUCUUUUCAUCUUCUGUUACAAAGUGGUGUUACCGACCCCCUUCUGUUUACAGAGUGCUGUUACUGCAAAUUUGUGUGGGUGUAUAGGUGGUCUAUCUCUUAUAUUAAUAGAAAUUUGAUUGGUUGAAAGGAUGUUUGUUCUGGGUAUUACUGGCUAUUCAGAAGACAGUUGAACAGUUUAUAUAAACUCUAAAUACUGUCUCCGGUGGUUCAGUAGAAUGGAAAAAAAAUAUUAAAAUAUAUUUACAAUAGUGACCCUGUUGUCUAUUUCUUUUCCAUCUCUUCAAUUACUAUGUUGGAUUUUUCAAACAAGUUUUUGCUACCACCAAAAUUAUGCUUGGUUUUUGAUAACUAAUCUUUCAUAAAAGAUUAUAAUUACGGUUAUUAUUAUUAUUACAAUUAUUAUUAAGGGCGGUGGGUUGGCAGAAUCAUUAGAGCUUUGGACAAACUGCCUUGCAGUAUUAGUUCUGGCUCUCUACAUUUUGAGUUCGAAUCCCACCGAGGUCAAAUUUGCCUUUCAUUUCCUCCAGGGUCAAUAAAAUAAAAGUAGUCAAGUACUGGAGUCACUAGUAUCAACUGUUCCCCUCCUCCAAAUUUCAGGCUUUGCGCUUAUAUUAAAAACCAUCAUCUUCAUCAUCAUCAUCAUUAUUAUUACUACUUCUACUAUUUGGGCAGUGGAUGAUUUUGUCAGAACUGUUAGUGUCAAACUAAAUGCUAUGCAGUAUUUAGUUAUGACCCUUUGUUCUGUGUUGAAAUUCUAUCAAGAUUGACUUUUGCCUUUCAUCUUCCAUCUUCCUUGGGUCAAUGAAAUAAGUACUUCCCGGUAAUCUGCUGGGGGUUGGGUGGGAUAGAUGCAAUCAAUUAUUAACUGCCUCCUUCCUCUUCCCAUGUAUGGCCUUGUGCUCAAGUUAGAGAUCAAUGUUUUAAUUAAUAUACUUAUUGCAAAAUCAUUAGCAUGCUGGACAAAAUGCUUAGCAGCGUUUUGUUUGUCUUUCUGUUCGGAGUUCCGAUUCCAUUGAGGUCUACUUUGCCUUUUGUCCUUUCAGGAUUGAUUGAAAAAAAAAAAAAAAGUACCAGUUGACUACUGGGUCAAUUUAAU